GGCGGGGCCAGCCCAGAGGAAGUGCAGCGCGCGCACGGCAUUCUGGGGCCGGAAGCUGGGCGCACGCCGCGGGCCGGGCGCGAUGGCGGCGGCGCGGAGCCGCAAGAGGCGCCUGGCGGAACUGACAGUGGACGAGUUCCUGGCCUCGGGCUUUGACUCCGAGUCCGAAUCGGAGCCCGAAGGCGCCCCAGAGGCCGAGGUGCGGGAGUCGCGCGAAGCUGCUGCCCGGAGCGCGGGAAGGCUCGGCGGGAGCCCCUCGGCCAGCCGGCGUAAAGGCCGUGCCUCAGAGCACAAGGACCAGCUCUCUCGGCUGAAGGACAAAGACCCCGAGUUCUACAAGUUUCUGCAGGAGAAUGAUCAGAGCUUGCUGAACUUUAGCGACUCGGACACCUCUGAGGAUGAGGAACAGUUCCACUCCCUGCCAGACAUGCUGGAGGAAGCAAGUGAGGAGGACGGAACGGAAGAUGGGGAGGAGGGGGACAGAGCCCCCAGAGGACCGAAGGGGAAGAAGAGUGACCCUGUUCCUGUCACUCUUGCCAUGGUUGAGAGAUGGAGGCAGGCGGCAAAGCAGCGCCUCACUCCAAAGCUGUUCCGUGAAGUUGUGCAGGCGUUCCGCGCAGCUGUGGCCACUACCCAAGGAGACCAGGAAAGUGCUGAGGCCAGGAAAUUCCAAGUCACAGACAGUGCUGUGUUCAACGCUCUGGUCACUUUCUGCGUCAGAGACCUCUUUGGCUGUCUGCAGAAGCUGCUGUUUGGAAAGGCACCGAAGGACGGCAGCAGGACACCGCAGCUGUCCAGCAGCCCUCUCUGGGGGAAGGUCCGCGUGGACGUCAAGGCGUACCUCAGCUCCGUCAUACAGCUGGUGACCUGCCUAGCAGAGGUGACAGUGUCGGCGGCCGUCCUGAGGCACAUCAGCUGCCUAGUGCCAUGCUACCUAACCUUCCCCAAGCAGUGCCGCAUGCUGCUCAAGAGGAUGGUAGUCCUGUGGAGCACUGGAGAGGAGUCCCUGCGCGUGCUGGCCUUCCUGGUCCUGGUCAGAGUCUGCCGGCACAAGAAGGACAGCUUCCUGAGCCCCCUCCUCAAGCAAAUGUACAUCGCGUACGUGAGGAACUGCAAGUUCACCUCGCCUGGGGUCCUGCCCCUCAUCAGCUUCAUGCAGCGGACCCUCACGGAGCUGCUGGCCCUGGACCCUGGCAUGGCCUACCAGCACGCCUUCCUCUACAUCCGCCAGCUCGCCAUCCACCUGCGCAACGCCAUGGCCACCCGCAAGAAGGAGACACACCAGUCCGUGUACAACUGGCAGUACGUGCACUGCCUGUCCCUGUGGUGCCAGGUCCUGAGUACCGUCUGCCCCAGAGAGGGGCUCCAGCCCUUGGUCUACCCCCUUGCCCAGGUGGUCAUCGGCUGCAUCAAGCUGGUCCCCACGGCCCGGUAUUACCCGCUGCGCAUGCACUGCGUCCGCAUCCUGACGCUGCUCUCGGAGAGCACAGGGGUCUUCAUCCCCGUCCUGCCCUUCAUCCUCGAGGUUUUCCAGCAGGUCGACUUCAACAAGAGGCCAGGCCGCAUGAGCUCCAAGCCCAUCAACUUCUCUGUGGUCCUGAAGCUGUCCAACAUCAACCUCCAGGAGAAGGCCUAUCGGGACGGGCUGGUGGAGCAGCUGUGUGACCUUGCGCUGGAGUAUCUGCACAGCCAGGCCCACUGCAUCUGCUUCCCCGAGCUGGCGCUGCCUGCCGUGUUGCAGCUGAAGUCCUUCCUCCGCGAGUGCAAGGUGGCCAACUACUGCCGGCCAGUGCAGCAGCUGCUCGGGAAGGUGCAGGAGAACGUGGAGCACAUCCGCAGCCGCCGCCAGAGGGUCCCCUUUGGCGUGUCUGACUGGCAGGCUGUGGAUGUCUGGGAGAAGCAGACCCGGGAGGAGGGGACCCCGCUCACCAGGUACUACAGCCACUGGCGGAAGCUGCGGGACCGGGAGAUCCAGCUGGAGCUCAGUGGCAAAGAGCGGCUGGAAGACCUGAACUUCCCAGAGAUCAAACGGAGGAAGGUGGCUGACAAGAAGGAUGAAGACAGGAAGGAAUUUAAAGACCUCUUUGACCUGGACAGUUCUGAAGAGGACAGUGCUGAGGAGGACGCUGUUCUGGGCUCCUCAGAGAGAGGAACACCAGGGUCCCUGAGUGUGCGGCAGGAGGUGGAAGAGGCAGAGGAGGAGGAGGACAGCAGCAGUUCGGAGGAUGGAGGUGCAGACGCAGACCCGGAGGCGGGGCUGCACCCCAGGGAGCUGUGGCGGCUGGCCCAGGGGCCGGAGGACCAGCUGGAGGACCUGCAGCUCUCGGAGGAAGACUGAGGCGCCCCGAGGGAGCCGAGCAUAGCAGUGCCCGCGCAGAGGGGAGGCAGGAGACGGUGGACAGGCUUUAUUUUUACACCGGAAAGACCGAGAUGUACAGAGAGCUGCACUUGGGAGGCAGGUUGGAUAGAUCUGCCCGUGAGGGAUGCCGGCCCCGGUGCAG